CUAAAACACCUGUGACGAAAGAAGAAAGAAAACGAGGCGAAGAGAAGCCAGCUGAUCAUUGCACUGACGCUAACGUGAACUCUGAACCAAGAUCCUAAAAAAACAUGUGUCUCUCGAGGAAGCGGAAGAGAUCGAGCGGUGCAAGGCGGAGAGGGAGCAGAGAGGCAACUGGCAAGGCUUGGUAAUUGACGUUAUGAAGAGGAAUUAAGUGGUGCCGUGUCGCGUGUUACUUCUCCCUUGUGACUUGAGGGACGAGAGAAAGGCGGAACUGCUACUGUAGAGGUCCCUGACGCCCUCCCAGCCCUGCUCAGUCCCGUCCAGUCCUGUCACGCCCUGCCACGCCCCAUCACGAUCCGCCAAGAUGAGCACCCGUCGCCACCUGUCGUGGAGGGCGCGGCAAGGAGGGGAACGUCUUCGUCAGGAGAGUCGCAAGGCCGCUGUGUCGUGUUGGCAAGACUUCCUAACCCUGCGUCUGGUGCCUCUCAAGAUUACGUUCUUCGUUAUUAUGGGAGCUACUCAGUGCGUGGACCCCUUCAUUCCACUGCUACUGAGGGCGCUGGGUCUUACACUGGAGGAGACGGGGCUAGUGUUCACCAUCAGCCCCCUCAUCCCUAUAUUCGCUCCUCUGCUGGCCGGAGUGGUGGCGGACAAGAUUGGGAACUUCCGGUGCAUCCUGGUGUUCACAGUGGCUCUGAGCGGCGUAGUAUCCCUCGUCAACAUCGCCAUCCCUCCGGCACGCACCACACUCAAACACUCCCCGAACAUCUCCUUUGGCCUCACCUGCGAGGAGGGGAGCUUUGUCCUAACACCGGUGCCUCCCGCGAGUGACGGCGACUCGUGUGAAUUUCUGGACAAUACGAUACAUGUGCCGUCUCUGGAGGCUAAGAACUGCGGCUACACUUGUCCAGACCCCGCCGUGGUGCUCCCUUCCAAGGCGAUGAAGGAUAUGAAGAAGAUGAAGGUCCUACAGGCGGUUAACUCCACGCUGUACCACGUGUGUAAGAUCCAGGGCGGGACUGAGGACGGUGGGACGCAGCAGAAAUGUUUCCGGAAGAACCUCAACAAGACGCGCAAAGCCGAAAACAUGCCCAGGUCCUUCAUAAUCCACAAUCUGAUCCUGCCACUUACCGGAGCCACGCAAAUCGGCGGUGAAAUCUCUGUCAUUAACUACACGAUGUCCAAAGUGGCGAUCACCAGCUUCGAGUGCACUAACGGGGUAGUGCCGAAGAAGGUCACCAUUCCAAAGAUAACACUGGAGGAAGCGCCGCGAUUCGAGAAGGAUAAAGCGUCAGUUUCUUGCCACUUUCACUGCCUGGCCCAGCUGCCGCACAAGAACGCGUGUGUCAAGAGGCCUAUGAGCGUGGAGCAUAACGUGGCUCUCAGCUUCUGGUUCUUCGUCACUAUUAACACCCUCGGGAAGCUUCUCAUCGGCCUCUCCUACACGCUCUUCGAAGUGGCGGUCCUGGCGAUACUGAAGGAAUAUGGUUACGAUUACGGUCUCCAGCGCAUCUACGGUUCUAUCGGCGGGAUGGUCUUUGCGCCUCUCUCCGGCCUGGCCAUUGACUAUCUCGGCAAGGGAGGACACUAUUCAGAUUAUCAUGUGAUGUUUAUGCUGUACUGCGCACUGAAGCUGUUUUGUGCUCUCAUCUUGGUUAUGGUCGACCUGCGCUUCAAGGUUCCAGCAAGCAACCUGUGUCGUAGUGUGUGCUGUCUGCUCACUAACAUUGAGGUGAUUCUGCUGCUGUUCGUGGUCUUCAUAUCGGGCAUGUGUUACGGCUUCAUCGAGAAUUUCCUGCCUCUUCAUCUUCGUGACCUGGGAGCGACUAACUGGUUCAUUGGCAUCCUCACCACCAUCGCCUCCUUCGCUGCCCUGCCCUUCCUGGCGCUCUCUGAAGGGAUUUGCAAGAAGUUUGGGUAUUUUCAGUCCAUCGCCUUUGGUCUUCUGUGCUACUCCAUCAGAUGUGUGGGUUAUUCCGCCAUCAAGAAGUACUACUGGGCCGCCCCCUUCGAGAUGCUGGAGGGGAUCACCACAGGCCUUUUGGUGACCUCUGCUAUAGUUUACGCCAAGCUUCUCUCCUCCAAGACCAACAUGGCCACACUACAAGGCAUCAUGGCCACACUGCACUAUGGCCUAGGUAAGAGUGUGGGCAGCUUUCUGGGCGGGUUCCUGAUGGCUAAGCUGAAGGCACCUCUCGCGUUUCAAAUCUUCAGCGGCAUCGCAAUCGUCACCGCGUUCUGCUACUAUCUGGUGGGCAAACUGUACAUCGUGCCACGCCAGAACAAGAGACACCUGCAGAAGCUCGAGAUAAUGAAGAUGCCGGUGGAGACAAUAUCGAGGAAGGAACACAAGAGAAGCAGCAGAAAUCAGGACCUGUCGAGUGUUGAAGUGUCGACACUGCAACGCCACGGAUACAAGAAGAGAGCAGCGCCGCAGAUCAAGGAGAGCCAGGAGAGAGAAGAAGAACCAUCACGUUUGGACGAGACACAGAUGACUCAAAUGACGGAUCUCCCCAAUGACACGAUAUCUUCCCUCAACGAGACUGUACAGGAGGAGGAGGAGAAGGCGAAGGAGGAGGAGACAAAUGAAAAAACGGAGGACUCUGCUAAAUAGGAGGGUUAUGUAUGUUAAUGUUGUUUGAUUUGUUUUACCUACUAUUCACGCCUAUAAACGACGUAUCUCUGUAAAUAAAUAGAUGUAUUUUGAUAUUACUUACUGUACAUGAGAGAGAGAGA